AUGGCGGUCGUCGAGGAGCCCGCCGGAGCGGAGCCUGCGGCCGCCAAGGGAGCGGGCUCGUGCGCGCCGUCUGGCGAGGAGUCGGCGCGGGAGGCGCCGGCGAAGGAGGCCUCGGGCUCGUCGGAGCCCAAGGGCGCCGAGGGCACCUACUCGACGGAGCUCGUGGCCCUGCUCUUGAACUUCCUAAAGGAGUAUUACAUGGACGGGCAGGAGAGCAAGAUCCGCGACAUGCUCACCGACAUCUCCUCCGAGGGGCCGAAGCCGCGAGAGCUGGGGCGCUGGGGCAAGAUCUCUCCGAAGUGCGUGCGGGAGGCAUGGGGGGCCUUCAACGUGUGGAAGGAGGACGGCAACAUCACUAUGCCUGCAUAUUACACUUCUGUCACGCACAACCAGGAGCUCGAGUGUGUCGUCGUCAAGAAGAACCCGGACCAGUCCUUGGACCUGAGCUCCCAUCCAAUGGACAGUGUGCAGCACACCGCGUCGGUGGUCAAGAG